GGAAACUCUGUUCAUAUUACCACAUAUUUAUUACUUCUAGACAAGAUUUUGUAGUUACUGGUACUUUUACUGCGAGAACCUGGUUUAAAAGGUGCAUUUUCGGUCACGAUUCGGGGAGCAAAAUGCGAUAAAGAUAAACAAUAUGGACGCUAAUGUUCUGUCUCAUCACGAGUUAUCGGUACCAACUGAGCUAAGUGAUAACAAUAUGGAAGGUCAGAGCCUAUUGCCUUUACAUCAAGUGAGGCAGGACGCUGGCUACGAAGAUAAUUUAGUACUACAGCCUGCAGAAGAAGUAGUAGCAGAUGCAAAUUUAACCCAGAAUAGUGUAUUACGCGAGGACGAAGUACCUAUCCCAGAAAACACACAAAAGUCAAAUCCUGGAAAACGCAAAAAGUCGAAGAAAAACAGGAAAUCGGACGGUGAUAAAAAGUCAAAAAAAUGGGAACCAAAACAAGUUCAAAUCAAAACUCUGGAAGGAGAAUUUUCGGUUACGAUGUGGUCGUCCGAAGACCAGAAACGACUUGAAGGGGAAAACAUAAAUGACGAAUACGCUGCAUUAGCCCGACUACCCGCUGUUACUUUUGAAGGAGAAAGUUCGGGGAAAAAUUCAUCUCAAGUUGAUUCGAGCAAUUAUAAUUAUUUGAACUCCAGUGUUGAUGAAGAUUUGGCCGAACCCGAUAAAAUCGCUGAACUUGCAAGCUCCAACUUUAAAAUGAAACCAAAACGAGCGAAAGGCGAAGAAGCCCAACGUACCGUUGCGUGCCCUCAGGCCGGAUGUGAGAAGAUGUUCCGAGACAACGCAGCUAUGAGAAAGCACCUGCACACCCAUGGUCCCCGCGUGCACGUUUGUGCAGAAUGUGGCAAAGCAUUUGUGGAGAGCUCUAAGCUUAAACGUCACAUGCUUGUCCAUACGGGAGAAAAACCAUUUCAGUGUCCAUUCGAUAGUUGUGGGAAGCGUUUCUCCCUGGACUUCAACCUGCGUACGCACAUGAGGAUCCACACCGGUGAUCGGCCGUACGUCUGCCCGUUCGGGAGUUGCGACAAAAAGUUUGCGCAAUCUACAAACCUUAAGUCCCACAUAUUAACUCACGCGAAAGCGCGGAAAAACUCGUCUAGUUCAUCGUCUGCCACUUCCCCCUCCCAUGUGUGGUAGAGGGGGAAUCGUCUGCAUUGGACAGUGAAUACAGAUACACAUUGUUGGCUGUAUAAAGGGCAAUGGACAGACCUAUAGGCGCCUAGCAUUGGUAUCCAGGGUAUAGGCGUCAGACUAUUUAAAAUGCACGGGACCAUGGGAGUUAGUACACAAUCCUAUAAAUCAAAUCUAACUUAAUGGUUAAAAUGUUUAUUGAUUAAUACAGUGCAAAAUUAUGGGGUUGCCAUGCCUACCCCGCCACCCCAGGUUUGGUGCCUAAAAUGCAGAGCAUACAUGUCCUGGAAUUAAAUUGAUGUUAAAAAUCUGGGUACAUACGAGAACCGGCAUACUGCUGAUAAUGCAUCAAUUAAGGUAUAAAUAUGGGCAAAGGGCAUCAAAAAUACCCUGUUUUUCCAAAAGAUAGGCGCCUAUGGCCCACAUAAUAUUGGUCUGCCUGCAGGGUUGGCAAUAAUUGGCCUCACAGGAUCCUUUGUGUUUUAUUGCUGUUCUGCAUAAAUGGGUUACAAAGUGAAAUCAUAAUGCAAUAUUUACAACAAGGGUAUAUUGGUUGAAUUUGGUCCUAACUUGCCCAAAAAUAAUGUAUUAGAUAAUAUUCCUACAGUGCUUCCCAACCCAAUGUGUGGCAACCAUAAUAUUUAACUGGCAACCUUUUUUCCCAAACUACAUUCCACACUGCUCAUAUAUAGUAGGGCGGGGUAAGACGUUUGUUUCUUGUUGGUGGUAAACAAAAUCUAUUUACAGAAUUAUCUAACUUUAGCCCCGCGACUCUAAAAGGGUUGCACAACCUUUAUAUAGUAGGGAGGGGAAAGACAUGUUUUCAUUCUCUUUUUUCCUCUAAUUUGGUAGUAAACAAGGAAUAUUUACAGAAUUAUGUAAAUGUAACUCAAAGAAUCUAAAAAAGGCGUUGUUAAUUGUUAAAACCACAAUUUGGAAAGACGGAAUUUAAGUGCUAAUGUAAUCCAUCUCCAUCUUACCCGAUAGAGUACACAUGAUAAUAAUUUUGGAUAUUUUUGUUAAGAAAAACACAUUGCAUGGCCCAACCAAAUCAAAUGGUGCCAGGGGUUGAGAAGCACUGUAGCAGAGCAGAAUAAGUAAAGUAUUUUCCUAUAUAUUGUUUAUCUUGAUCAUGCUCAAAUAUUUCACCAAUGUAUCCAUGAGCUCUAAUGUUGCUGAUAUUUCUGUAGAAAACCAGCUUGUUCUUAUCAUGGUAAAUAAAUGUAGAUAUGUUAUUGUUACUUUUAACUUAUGUUAUGGUAAAGCAUGUUUUGAUGUGGGUUUCCAGUUAUCUAAACUAAGGCGGUUAAAAUACAUUAUCAAUAAUUAUCAACGAAAAUCAUGAAUUUAAAUAAGUUACAUUGAAUCUGUGCAUUAAGUAAUGGUAAAUUGGUAAUUAAGGUUAAACCUUCUUUAACUGUUAUGUUAACUCACAAUAUUUUAUGUUGGAAAUUACAGUUUUCACUUCUUACGCCAGUGGUUCCCAAAUAUAUUUUAACUUCUGUU